CGGGAGACAGGAGCGGCCGCCAGCACCAUAGCAACGGUGCCCAAAGAUGUCCUAUUACGGUGUCAGUGUCCUUGAAGAUGAAAAUAUCAGCAUCCGACAGCAGAAGCUGGAGAAACAGCGUGCACUACUUGAACAGAAGCAGAGGAAGAAACGACAGGAGCUUCUCAUGGUCCAACCUAACCUUGAGGCCAAGCCACGAAGGUUGAAGCCAAAACGAUGUGAGGAACAAUCACCAUUAGUAGAAUUCCGCAACAACAUAACCAGCAACAGACUAUUAGAUGCAGAAGGAGAUAGAAAGAAAUCUGAUGAGGCACAAGCACCUGAGAAAUCUUUGCGACCAGACAUGCUGAAACACUUGCGAGAAGGUAACAGAUUGGACAGAGACAUCGAAAGGGACAAAGGAGAGCCAGGUAUUGAUGGCCCGGGAGCCAUCAUAAGUAAUGAGGUACAGGAAGUUAACACCAAAAUCCAAAUCCUUUCAGUUGGGCAGUCCAUGACAGCCCCCAGUGAUGAAGUUGAAGCAGUCCUCGAUUCUGCAUCAAAACCAGACAUCCAAGAAGUAAUGGAACAAAGAGGAAUCUCUGGAAGCAUGAACUUUGAACAAGCUAAUGAAGAGAAUGACAAUAUUUCAAGCUGUCAGACUUAUGAAAAUGUAAGGCCUUCAUCUGCUGUAAGCAAGCAAUCAAACAAGGAACCAACUGCUGCUUCACUCCCUUCUUCUGGAUCUGGCCUAAACCUGAUUGAGGUUGACAAUUUGGAGGAAUUUGCAUUGAGGCCUGCCCCUCGUGGAAUAACAAUUAAAUGCAGGAUCACCCGGGAUAAGAAGGGAAUGGACCGUGGUCUUUACCCAACUUAUUUCAUGCAUCUUGAGCGUGACGAUGGAAAAAAGCUCUUUUUGUUAGCUGGAAGAAAAAGGAAAAAGAGCAAAACUUCCAAUUAUCUGAUAUCAGUUGAUGCAACAGACUUGUCACGAGAAGCUGACAGCUACGUAGGGAAAUUAAGGUCAAAUUUAAUGGGAACUAAAUUUACAAUUUAUGAUAAUGGAGUAAAUCCUGCAAAAGCAGUUGGGCUGCUUGAUGAAACGAAUACCAGACAGGAGUUAGCUGCAAUUUGUUAUGAGACCAAUGUUCUUGGCUUUAAAGGACCACGGAAAAUGACUGUUGUCAUUCCAGGUAUGAGCAUGAAUCACGAGCGAGUCCCCAUCAGACCUCGCAAUGAGCACGAAAGUUUACUGUUAAUGUGGCAGAACAGAAACAUGGAAAAUCUAAUUGAGCUGCAUAACAAAGUGCCUGUGUGGAAUGAUGACACUCAGUCUUAUGUGCUGAAUUUCCAUGGAAGAGUCACACAGGCAUCUGUUAAGAAUUUUCAGAUAGUUCAUGAUAACGAUCCUGAUUACAUUGUGAUGCAGUUUGGACGAGUGGCAGAAGAUGUUUUCACAAUGGACUACAAUUACCCAAUGUGUGCAUUGCAAGCCUUUGCAAUUGGAUUGUCCAGUUUUGACAGUAAAUUGGCAUGUGAAUGAGGACAGUAGUGGGUGCAGGCCUCCACUUUUUAAGAAGGUGAAAAUUAAAGGGACAUAUUUAUUGUAUUGUGCUGGUUUUGAUGUAAUCAUGCAAACCGAUCUACCGUGAAAUUGAUUUCAAUCAAAAAUGGAAACAAAAGAAAAGAAAUAAAAAUUCUGCAAAUGUCAGAAAUAGAUUCCCAAGUGGCUUAGCAAUCAUGGCACACUAAUCAUGCUGAUAAUGGACCAUAUUUUACAUUGUUAUACUUGAGUACAAUAUUCUGCCAAAUGCAGUAGGCAGCAAGUGAUCACUGUUCACAUUUGCCCAUAGACAUAAAAGAGGAACUAUCUAAAUCCAGGAUGCAAAUUAACUAAUAGGUGGAAUAAGAAGAGCUGCCUUUUUUAAUUAUGUCAAAAAUGAAUGGCUGACAUAAUCUUAAAUUUGAUGAUUAUUGUAAUCGGCAUGUUGUAUUCUAUCUCUUUUUUUUCUUCCUUUUCCCUUCUUUUUGAGGGCAUUGACUUAUGCUAGAGUAUGGUUACAAACAUUAGAGUGCCACAUUCAACUGACCAUUUUUUAUGUUGCACUUUGGUCCUUUAGUAAAUAUUCAUCAAUGGUGCCGAAUGAUCAGGUUGAGGGGUUACAGCUGACAGUAACUAUGGCCUCCUCGCUGAUGUAUUAGCUGAGUACAGCUACACUAGCAGAGUCCAGUGUUUUCUUUCUAUUUGUACCUCUGAGCGCCUUUGGAUUUUUUCCACAUUAAAUGCACUAUAUCAAUGCAACUUGUAAUCGAAAUGAAGGCUGUGAUGCAAUAGGAAGUGUAUUUUCUCACAGACUCAGAACUGGCUAUGCAGAACAUGAUUGUUUGGAUGGACCUUGGAAUUUCAAAUAGAGGCCAUAUUAGAUAAAACUGAGAAGUUUCAAGAGCCAUAACAUCAUGGAAGAUCAUUAGUGAAUUAAUUUUUUAAACAUUUAGAUAGGAGGAAAACAGGUGAUCCUAAAUAUAAUUUCUGCACUCGUUUUUUAUUCUUCUUUAUUGUUUUAUCCUUCAAAACUGCUGGUCAGAGGAAAUCAAGAGGGAGAAAUUUUGUGUGGAGGCAUGAAUUUCUUCUAAAGAGCCAUUUUGCACUAUGAACAGUGUGAGGCACACUCUGUUAUCAUAAUAGAGCUUUGUGCAUAAAAUAUCUGCUUCUUACUUGCCUCUGAGCAGCAGUUAUCAACAGACAGCAAAGAAAAAUUUAGGUAUAGUUCCAUUAAAAAGUAUGUAUCCAUCCAUCACAUCAACUGGUAAAAAUAAUACCAAUUCAAAUCAUGUAAUUAAAUCCUGAUGCCUGCUGUGCUUUAUUGUCUGUUUUGUUACCUUCCAUCAGCUUUAAAAUAAAAUUGCUUGAGAUAAACCCAAAGGAGUAUAUUUCAAGGACAGAACAUAUCUUAAUACUGUAAUUAUGUGACAUUAAUGAACUGCCACUUUAUUCUGCUUGUAUUUCAUGAGUCCCUUAAAGUAUUCUGGCCUUGAAAUACACACCUGGUUUCCAUCUGUGAUAAACUCCAGCCUAGGUGUUCAUGUGAUAACAUUUCAGCUCGUGUAUUGUCUUUUGUUGCAUGGUUCUGCUCAUGUUGAGUGUUCCUAUGAUUUGCUCCAACCCAUAUAUUUUCGUAUAUGAUAAGCUCUCAUCCAUGUCUUUCUGAUAUAAUCAUCUUCAGCCAAUGCUCUCAACAUUAUAUGUUCCAAUUUAAGUUGUUGCUCUAAUACAUUCCAGCUGAUAUUCUUCCUGACAUCCUUUAGCCUGUGUCAUCAUUGUGUAUUCUUAAUUUAUAUAAUUUAGGGUUUUGUGAUAAUUAAAACAAAUGCAGUUCUCUGCAUCUGAUAUAUGCAGGCUUUCUUUUUCUUUUGAGUUCUGGUCAUUUCUUUAAAUACUUAAGCCUGAUGCUUGGCCAAAUAUUAGCUGUAACAAAAUGUGUAAAGUUAUUUUUCCACAAUGCUGGAUAAUUUUUAUUGUCUUUAUGAUAUCUACGUCACACCCAACUUGCACAUCUCAAUAUGCCAACUGUCUUGGUAGUUUACAGUGCUUUGUAUCUGUAUCAUAAAAGAAGCCAUGUUAUGAUGUUCUGAUGUAUGCAGACUAUGGAAAAUGUGGUUGAUAA